AUGGAUCAGGAUGCCUCUGAGUCCGGCUUCGAGUUCGUUAGUCAUCACUUUCUCCGAUCCUGGUAUCUACGUGAUGGAAAGAAGUCGAUCCCGACACUUGACCAAGCACACUCCAAGGAGAUGAUUGAGGAGGGCCAGAUGCAGACCCCCUUGCAGCUCGUCGCCUUAAUCCAUGGAGGACAUUCAAUGAUACACAAGCCCUGGUGGUCUCGGGUCUUCCUUCCCAUAUUAUGUCCCACCAGCCUCGCUCUGGAAGAGAUGUACAAGCACUGGUUCUACUCCACCAAACUCAACGAAGGGCGCGUGCUCAAGUUUAGCCUAGCUUCCAUGAAGAUGGCCUUUCACCUCGGUUACACCAUCCAAGUCUUUUGGAUCCUAACCACCAAGCGCCCGUUAGGCCCACUACCGACGGCAGCCCAACACGAGCCGACAACGAAUUUCUUCGAUUCAGAGCCGAACAUCCGAGAGUGGGAGUAUAUUCAGCUGUCGGCGAAGGAGGAGGCGUGGUAUGGUAUCUCUGGUGACGGGCCAGGCACAAUGUCACCGCUGGCACUGGGGCUGAAGGAGGCGGAGAGGGUGCAGAGGCAUUGGGAAAAGGAGCAAGAGUGGGUGUAUCCCAUGUACCCGGCUGAGUGGGAGGGAUGGGCAGUGGUUUAG